AUGGACACAAUGUCUGACCAUUUCGGUGCCGUAGACUAUGUGGUGUUCAUCGGUAUGUUAAUGGUGUCCACAAUCAUAGGGCUAUACUAUGCGUGGAAAGACCGCAACAACACUGAUGAAGACGAGUUCCUGAGGGGGGGCAAACAUAUGUCGAUACUUCCGGUUACCAUAUCGAUUAUGGCCAGUUUCCUGCCGAGCACUGCAUUCAUAGGCUUUCCAACAGUGGUAUACGCGACGGGAACCAUGUUGUACUUUAUCAUAAUACCAGCCAUUUUGGCCGCAUUCAUAGCCUGCGAGCUCUUUAUUCCCUAUUUACAAAUCUUAGCGAAUAUAUCGGCGCUGUUAUGUAUGAUACCAUUCUUCGGGGUUGAGCUAUUCGCGCCAUCCAUAGCCCUAUCAAUUGUCACCGAUAUGUCCAUCACAUCAAGCAUUUUAGUCAUCGGUUUUAUUGUUACAAUAUAUACCUCAUUGGGUGGUCUAAAGGGUGUCAUAUGGACCGACUUCUUCCAGUUCUGUGUUAUGAUCAUUGGACUAAUGGCUGUUGUUAUCAGAGGCGCAAACAUAUCGGGAGGAAUGGCCAACGUUUUCGAGAGGGCUCACGCGGGCGGACGUAUUGAGUUCUGGAACAUGGACUUUGACAUCUACUCAACAAGCUCGUUUUGGGUUAUGAUGCUGGGCUUCAUAGUGCUAUACAGCGGCACAUUUAGCACCAAUCAAAUGCAAAUACAACGGGUUGUUUGUAUGCCUAGCCUUCGGGCCGCUAAGAGAGCCCUAUACUUCGCGACACCCGGUUAUGUACUCGUGAUUGUGUUGUGUCUGACAACCGGUGUUAUGAUGUUUGCCAGAUAUUACGACUGCUGUCCACUGGUUACCGGUCGCGUCAAACGUCCGGAUCAAAUGCUACCGUUCUUCGUGCUGGACAUCUUUGAGGGCGACUAUCCGGGUCUUCCCGGAAUGUUCGUGGCUCUGGUAUUUGGCAGCUCUUUGAGUACUCUGUCGUCGGGUCUAAACGCCAUGGCGUCCAUUAUUUGGGACGAUUACGCCCGCAAAGUGUUUCACUUCUUGCCCGAUAAGUACAGCGUUUACGCCACUAAACUGUUGGCCAUUUUGAUCGGAAUUGUGUCCAUAAGUAUGGCGUUUGUGGCCAAAGAGACCCAAAACAUAGUGGAGGCGGCGAUUAUGCUUUACGGCGCGUCCAAUGGGCCCCUCUUUGGGCUCUUCUGUUUGGGUCUAUUCUUUCCGUGGGCUAACGCUAUCGGAGGCGCCGCCGCUCUCAUCGUCGGCCAGAUUAUAUGCUUUUGGAUUACAAUCGGAUCCGUUUCGGACAAGAGAGACCCGACGACUAUGGCGCUGGCCUUAACCACUGUGGGCUGCGAUGCGCUAAACAUCACUUAUUACAGCCAAAACAUUACGGACGUGCCCUUGGCUUUCAUGCAAACAUAUAAAGUACCACGUUAUCACCCCAAAGGCAAUGACAUAAUCCAUCACAUCUCUCCAUUCUUCGUGCCGUUCAUCGGUUUCUUUGUGUCACUAAUUGUGGGAAAUAUCGUAAGUUUGGCGACAAAAGGCAAUAAAGACCGGCGUUUAGACAAAAACCUGAUUAACAUCACUGCCUGUUAUUAUUUGGAGAAACUGUUGCCCGAGAGUUGGCGUCAGUUGCAGAACGACAGACCCGUGCGUCGGGUCAGAGACGGCCACUCGUCGCCCAAUAAUCAGCCGACAGACAAACCGAUGGUCGCAAUGAGACAACUGAAUCGCCGUUUGGGCGUAACCGACGACAACAACGGCGACGAAGACCAGGAGAUAGUGAAUCCGUUGCGCAACGACCAGACGGCCAACAUUUAUCCACGAAUACCACCGAUCGCUCGCACAAACGUAUAG